AUGCCAGUCCACUUGAGCACAGCCCUACGUGUAGUGGGCACCAGCCUCUUUGCCCUGGCGGUCCUAGGAGGAAUCCUGGCUGCAUACGUGACUGGCUAUCAGUUCAUCCACACAGAGAAGCACUACCUCUCCUUUGGCCUGUAUGGCGCCAUCCUGGGCCUGCACCUCCUCAUUCAGAGCCUUUUUGCCUUCUUGGAGCACCGGCGCAUGCGCCGAGGAGGGCGACCCCUGAAGCUGGCCCCAUCGGUUGCUCUGUGCAUUGCUGCCUACCAGGAGGACCCUGAUUACCUGCGCAAGUGUCUCCGGUCUGCACAGCGCAUCUCCUUCCCCAACCUGAAGGUGGUGAUGGUGGUGGACGGCAACAGGCAGGAGGACACUUACAUGCUGGACAUCUUCCAUGAGGUGCUCGGUUCAGAACACACAGGCUGCUACAUCUGGCAGAGCAACUUCCACGAUGUGGGAGAGGGCGAGUCAGAGGACAGUUUAAAAGAGGGUAUGGGCCGUGUCCACCAAGUGGUUCGAGGCAGCACCUUUUCCUGUAUCAUGCAGAAGUGGGGUGGCAAACGGGAAGUGAUGUACACGGCCUUCAAAGCCCUUGGGGACUCCGUGGAUUAUAUUCAGGUGUGUGACUCCGACACAGUGCUGGAUCCAGCAUGUACUGUGGAGAUGCUUCGAGUCCUGGAAGAGGAUCCUCAAGUGGGUGGAGUCGGGGGAGAUGUCCAAAUUCUCAACAAAUAUGACUCCUGGAUCUCUUUCUUGAGUAGUGUUCGGUACUGGAUGGCCUUCAAUGUGGAAAGGGCCUGCCAGUCCUAUUUUGGCUGUGUUCAGUGCAUAAGUGGGCCCUUAGGCAUGUAUCGGAAUACCCUUCUUCAGCAGUUUCUAGAAGAUUGGUACCACCAGAAAUUUCUGGGCAGCAAGUGUAGCUUUGGGGAUGACCGGCAUCUUACCAAUCGAGUUUUGAGCCUUGGCUACCAGACUAAGUAUACUGCACGUUCAAAGUGCCUCACAGAGACCCCUACAAAGUACCUCCGUUGGCUCAACCAACAGACCCGUUGGAGCAAGUCUUACUUCCGGGAGUGGCUCUACAAUUCCCUAUGGUUCCAUAAGCACCACCUCUGGAUGACGUACGAGUCUGUGGUGACAGGUUUCUUUCCCUUCUUUCUUAUUGCUACUGUUAUCCAGUUGUUCUAUCGGGGCCGUGUCUGGAACAUCCUCCUCUUUUUGCUAACAGUGCAGCUUGUGGGCAUCAUCAAGGCUACUUACGCUUGCUUCCUUCGAGGUAAUGCAGAAAUGAUAUUCAUGUCCCUUUACUCUCUCCUUUACAUGUCCAGUCUCCUGCCAGCCAAGAUCUUUGCCAUUGCUACCAUCAACAAGUCUGGGUGGGGCACUUCAGGCAGAAAAACUAUCGUGGUGAAUUUUAUUGGCCUCAUCCCCGUGUCCAUUUGGGUCGCGGUCCUUUUGGGAGGACUGGCCUACACAGCUUAUUGCCAGGACCUAUUCAGUGAGACAGAGCUGGCUUUCCUAGUCUCUGGGGCCAUCUUAUAUGCCUGCUAUUGGGUAGCGCUCCUUAUGCUAUACUUGGCCAUCAUUGCCCGACGUUGUGGACGAAAGCCUGAGCAAUACAGCUUGGCAUUUGCUGAGGUGUGA